CGUUAAUCUGUUACAGAAUACAUAUACAUAUCGUAUGGAUCUGCAGUGAUCAUGUCUUCUUCCACCACUUUCGUGUUCCUUUUCCUUUUCCUUUUCUCCUUUCUCACUAGCUUCAGAGUUUCGGCUCAAGAUCCCACAUACGUAUCCCAUGUCUGUCCAAAUACCGCAACUUAUACACGGAACAGCACUUCCUUCACCAAUCUCCGAACCCUUUUGUCUUCUCUCUCUUCUCCCAACGCUUCCUACGCCACCGGAUUCCAAAACGCCACCGUCGGGGAACCUCCCGACAGAGUCACCGGAUUUUUCCUCUGCCGAGGAGACCUCUCGACAGAAGUUUGCCGCAGAUGUGUUGUCUUUGCUGUCAGUGACACCUUUACUCGGUGUCCGAACGAGAAAGAGGUGACGCUCUAUUACGACGAUUGUAUGCUCAGAUACUCUAACCGGUAUAUUCUCUCGACCCUUAACACCAACGGAGGCAUCAUCUUGGUCAACACUCAGAACAUUACGUCGAACCAAAUUGGGUUGUUCAGAGAUUUGGUCUUGUCCACCAUGAACCAAGCGGCCACCGAUGCAUCCGUCAGUCCUGGGAGAUUCGCUACUGGAAAGGCUAACUUCACAGCGUUCCAGACUUUGUAUGGGCUGGUUCAGUGCACUCCUGAUCUGACGACACAACAGUGUUUGCGCUGUCUAAAUCUGACCAUCAAUCAAUUGCCCACUGACCGAAUCGGGGGAAGAAGUGUUGUGCCGAGCUGUAAUUCAAGAUACGAGCUUUACCUGUUUUACAACGAAUCCGACAUUGGAUCACCUAAACCUCAGCUCGAUUCAGCUCCUCCACCACAGCCAAUUUCAAUUCCUUCACCAAAGCCGGGAGAAGGCGGAAACUCCACUGUCAUUGUCAUAGCUGUUGUUGUUCCAGUCACUGUUAUUUUUCUGCUUCUCGUAGCUGUUUUCAUUUUCCGGGCAAAGAGAAAAACGACAGCUUAUGAAACUGAACCACUAGCUGAUGGGGACGAUAUUACAACUGCAGGCUCACUUCAGUUUGAUUUUAGGGCAAUCGAGGCAGCAACGGAUAAGUUUUCCGAAAGCAACAAACUCGGUCAAGGUGGUUUUGGCCAAGUCUACAAGGGAACAUUUCCUAGUGGAGUACAAGUUGCGGUGAAGAGGCUAUCAAAGACAUCAGGACAAGGUGAAAGAGAGUUCGAAAACGAAGUUGUUGUUGUGGCAAAGCUUCAGCAUAGAAAUUUGGUAAGGCUGCUUGGUUUUUGUUUGGAAGGAGAAGAAAAGAUACUUGUCUAUGAGUUUGUGCCCAACAAAAGCCUUGAUUACUUCCUUUUCGACUCUACGAUGCAAAGCCAGCUAGACUGGAAAAAAAGAUGCAAGAUCAUUGCAGGAAUCGCUAGAGGGAUUCUAUAUCUUCAUCAAGAUUCACGACUCACAAUCAUACAUCGUGAUCUUAAAGCCGGUAACAUCCUCCUGGAUGCGGAUAUGAAUCCAAAAGUUGCCGAUUUUGGAAUGGCGAGAAUUUUUGGAAUUGAUCAAACAGAAGCCAAUACGAGAAGAGUAGUCGGAACCUAUGGUUACAUGUCUCCAGAGUAUGCAAUGUACGGCCAGUUCUCCAUGAAAUCAGAUGUGUAUAGUUUUGGUGUCUUAGUUCUUGAGAUUAUAAGCGGCAAGAAGAACAGUAGCCUCUAUCAAAUGGAUGAUAGUGCUGGCAAUUUGGUUACAUACACUUGGAGAUUAUGGAGCAAUGGAUCGCCGUUAGAGCUGGUGGAUCCGUCCUUUCAAGAUAACUAUCAAACAAACGAAAUUACUAGGUGCAUCCAUAUAGCUUUGCUGUGUGUUCAAGAAGAAGCUGAAGAUCGUCCAACUAUGUCAGCCAUACUCCAGAUGCUCACUACUAGUUCAAUUGCUCUUGCCGUACCUAGACCACCUGGAUUUUUCUUCCGAAGCAGGCAUGAACAAGUAGGGAGAGCAGAUCCAUCUAUGCAUAUGUCUGCUCUCUGUUCAGUCGAUGAUGCUUCCAUUACUAGUGUAGCUCCUCGUUGAAGACAAAAAGAACGCAUCAAUGUUAAAGUUAUGAUAUAUGAUUCAAGACUAGAGGACUAUUAGAGUAUUACACAUCGACAAUGAACAAAGAGUCGUCUAAGCUAAGCUGUUUCCAUUUCUCAUCUUUAAUUUUUUUAUGUGCCCGGCAAGAAAGACAAUAAUACUCUGUUUUAAAGUUUGGUUUCCUUCAACAAGGAUUCAUCUCAGCGAUCUUUAAC